GGCUGCUCCGCCCUGCGCGGGAGGCGGUGCCGGCGGCGAUGGCGGCGCGGAGCGGCCCUGCCGGCCUCCCCCUGCUGCUGCUGCUGCUGCUCUGCUUCCUGGCCGCGCCGCUGCCCCGUGGCGUCUGUGGCUCGGACGCCGUUGGGGCCGCAGAGUCGCCGGGCAGCGCGGGCCCCGGGGAGCGGUUUAAGAUCGAGGGCCGGGCUGUGGUACCCGGGGUGAAGCCGCAGGACUGGAUCGCGGGGGCCCGGGUGCUUGUGGACGGGGAGGAGCAUGUCGGCUUCCUGAAGACAGAUGGAAGUUUUGUUGUGCAUGAUGUACCUUCAGGAUCUUACGUAGUGGAAGUUAUAUCCCCUGCUCAUAAAUUUGAACCUGUGCGAGUUGACAUAACUUCAAAAGGCAAAAUGAGAGCAAGAUAUGUGAAUUACAUCAAAACCUCUGAAGUUGUCAGGCUGCCAUACCCACUCCAGAUGAAAUCUUCUGGACCUCCUUCAUACUUUAUAAAGAGAGAAUCUUGGGGGUGGACAGAUUUUCUUAUGAACCCAAUGGUGAUGAUGAUGGUUCUUCCAUUAUUGAUAUUUGUGCUUUUGCCUAAAGUUGUUAACACCAGUGAUCCUGAUAUGAGACGGGAAAUGGAGCAGUCAAUGAACAUGCUGAAUUCCAACCAUGAGCUGCCAGAUGUCUCUGAAUUCAUGACAAGACUUUUCUCUUCAAAAUCUUCCAGCAAGUCUGGUAGUAGCAGCAGUAAAACAGGGAAAAGUAGUUCUGGAAAAAGGAGGUAGUUAAGUCUUCCUCCUAAGCCUGAGUUUGCACAACUGUUUAUUAUGUGGUAUCAUGUUUAUUUGUCUUGAAAGAUCAAAAAGUCACUACUGUAAACUUCAAUCAGGCACAAAAUACAGUAUGCUACGACUGGGUGUGUAGCUUUUUUUAGUCUAUAUAAGCUGUUUUGUACUUGACAGUAAGAAAAAGAGGACAUGGCUUCAAUACUGUAUCUGUAUAAAGUUAUUGAUAAUACUGAAUUAAUUAACUAUAUUGUUAUGUAGAGAAUUAUUAUAAAUUAUAUGAUGUGCUAAACAGUAAUAAAUGUCUUAAUCAUAAGACAAUGUAUAAAAGAAUUUCAAAGAUCAUAAAAGUGGAGUUUAUUAAGAUGGCUUUGUUUUAUACUUGCUGUUGAGUUCUGAAAUGAAAUCCUCCUUUCAAAAUUGAGUCAUGGGUUUACUGAGUAAGGGAUUUGCUGCAUCAGCUUGUCAUAUGUGUUACAUAUAAAAAAAAUUUAUUUUACAUUGUUUGCUGCCUGUGCACUUUAGUUCAAGAACUUUCCACUUUUUAUUGCCCAGUUUUAUUCUGAUCUAUGUUCCGCUAAAAACUCUUUGGGAGGGGAAAAGCCAAGUAUUGUCCACCAGAAAGCCUUUUAAGCUAAGUCAUUUUAAUUAUUAAUACAAAGUAUCUAUAAAACAUGAUGAACGUUAUAUUGGAUCUUUCCUUUCCAAAUCACAUGUAUCACUUCUGCAACACGAUUGGUUCUAUACUGUUUCCUGUGUGCUGUGCAUUCAUCUUAUCAGUGGUAUGGUUUGAGGCCAAAUACAGAACAAAAUUUUUUAAAUUAAAGAAAAAAACUAGAAGUAUAGCAAGAAGGUAAAUCCCACUCAUCUUUUAAAUUAUGUUCCAGAGUAUAUGGCUAUCUGUAGGCAUGUUAGGUCAGUGGCAAAACGUUGUUCUUGGAGCUUGUCUAUGUGUCUGUACUGCAAUAUCUUUUCAAGCUACCCAGUAAAUUCAGAGGAAAGUUUUCCACUAGAUGAACAUUUGCAAACUAAAAUGACAGCAAUACCUGCCGAACUCCACUAGCAACUGUUUGUACCUUUUAUUUAUUUUUUAACAUAAAUGCUGUUCUUUUACAGUUUUACAAUUGCUAACUCUAAUUGCUAAUUACAAGGUAAUUGUAUCCAUAUAUUAUGGGCAAUGUAUAUCUGAUUCCAAAAAUGGUAUUUAACAUUCACGUAAAGUAUUCCUGAAGCAAAAUCAAUUUUAAUGCAUUUUUUUUGUUCUGCAAUGCACUUAGGAGGACUAUCCAUUGUCUUAGAAAACAUACUUAAAAGCAUGCUCUGAAACAUAAAAGCUGCAAAAGAAAAGUACUCAAUCAUAAGAUUAAGCCACAUUUUACAAUGUUGGGGAAGGAAUAAACCACUGGUUUUUUGGACAAUUAAAGAUUUCAGUCUUUGUAAAGUAAACUCUGCAUUUCUGGUCUUGUUUUUGGUUUGCUUGAAUGGUCUUUUUGUAUAUUAAGUAAAAUGUAGACACGAGGAUAUUUGGAUAUUCUUGCUGGAAGGACUCACUGAAAUUAGUGACAUGUUGCCUUUGUAAAAAGUAACAAUAAACUCCUCUUUCAGCAGCAUCUUACAGAAAAAUUCAUAAGAAAAAUAGGGAGCAGUUCUUUGAAGAAGGAACAGUUAGCUUUGUUACUGUGAUGUCCUGAAAAGUAAAAGCCACAAGUUAGUUUUGUUUAACAGUAAGUGGAAUGACAAUUAAAUCACAUUAACUUGUUUCUA